AUGGCAUCUCUACCACUUACCCCGGCCAUUGCCACUCGUUCACCGACGGAUACCGGUCCUCCACUGUACCCAUCUGCUCCAACAUCUCCAUCUCCCUUUUCAUCAAGCCAACAACUUGGGAGGCUAGAAGUCGAGCAUGACCCUUUCAUCUCGGACAAUGAAGCACCACCACCACGGGUUCGUCCCCGCUUAUCGCCGUCCACAUCGCAGGCCCUCCGUAGGUUCGGGCUCUCCCGCGUGUUUCACACUCGGUCAAUGUCCCAAUCCUCCAAAUCCUCCAAAAUCUCUCCCGACCGCUUCAUCCCAAACAGGGCAAACAUACAGAGCUUUCGAAUGAGUGCACCGGCGCACCUACUCUCCAAUAACGAGAGACUUCUAAGAAGGAGUAUUAGCAGCAGUAGUGUGGACCGUAGCAUCUCCCCCAAUAGUCUGGUCAAUAGCCCUAACGAUGUAAACAUCGAUGGCUCGCCAAUCAGCUACCGACCCGGUAACUUGAACCGGAGGAUUAGUGCUGGUGCUGUUGGUGUGUUUGGCAUAGGUGUUGGUGCAGCGUCCAGGAGGGAGGAGCCCAGGCCGAGAGGGAGGGAGGUGACCAUAAACGUUUUCGGGGAUAAAACAAGUCCGGAGGUUGACAUGGAAAGGCAUGAGAGGAGGCUUUCCGCCGCACUGGGUGUGGAUAGGAGUGCUAAAGUGCUGAGUUUUGCCCGCGAGAACGAACCAACCAGGGAUGGCCAUGGGAGGAAGGGAGGGGUUAUGGGUGCCCCUGGAAGUGAGACUAUCAGUGAUAUGCUCUGGGGACAUGUGUUGGAGGCGGAAGGCCGUGGGUCCCCCUUUGCUAUGAUCCCUUCUCGAGUAUCUCCCCCCCCCUCUCUCUAAUGCAUUCCGCUUCAGGUGAUUCAGCACCACAGGUCUCUCCAUCUCGCAGAUGCCCUAGGAGAGCUAUUCCCACUACCCCGUUCAGGGUCCUGGAUGCCCCGGGCCUCCGGGAUGAUUAUUACUGUUCGCUCAUUGCAUACUCCCCCGCCACACACUCUUUGGUUGUUGGGCUUCACACGGAUGUAUAUAGUUGGACAGAGGCGAGUGGAGCUCGCCCAUUCGAGGCUUGGUCGAACUCUCACGUUACCGCCCUGGCUUUUUCUUGCUUCCAAGGGAAGCGCAAUAUCCUAGCGAUUGGUCGGAUCGAUGGUUCGCUCAGCCUCUGGAACCCGGCGGAGCCCACCCCACGGCUCGAGCGAACGCACGACGCUGGUGUCGCUUGUUUGGCCUGGAAGCCUGUCGUCUCCUGCCGCCCAGAUUUCGGGUUACCACCUUCAGUUGGCUUUUCCUUCAGCGAUCGUCGUUCCCAAUCGGCCUCGGCAAUGGCUGAGACCGAAGAGCUGCUAGUCGGCGAUGAGUUUGGUAACGUUUACUACUACUCGAUUGAGUGGGGCAAGUUCCGCGAGGGCCUUCCCGCGCCGGCAUCUCAUGCGUCCAUCGCCCUUCUCCGGAGGAUUGUGGUUCACUCUCAGCAGAUUUGCGGGUUGGCAUGGAGCGGGGACGGAGAACAGUUCGCAACGGGUGGCAAUGAUAAUGUGGCUUGUCUCUUUGGCACUGCUGAUGUAAUCCGCACCCGGAGUGGAGGUGUGAGAGGUCAUGAAGUCACGCCUCUGGAAGGGGGAGAGAAGCAUAGGUGGGCCCAUGGGGCCGCCGUCAAAGCGAUUGCCUUUUGCCCAUGGCAAAAGAGCUUACUUGCUACAGGUAUGAUCUAGCUACUAUACUCCCCCCUCCCCCCCCAUACCGGAUCACGACCGCUAAAUUAGUACCUACAGGUGGUGGUUCCAAUGAUCGCUGUAUCCAUUUCUUCCACACCUUUUCCGGGGCAACAUUAGCUACUAUUAACGUCUCUGCACAAGUCACAUCUCUCCUCUGGUCUAACAGCCACCGCGAGAUUGCUGCAACGCUCGGAUACGCCAAUCCUGAGCAUCCCAUUCGCAUUGCGGUUUUCAGCUGGCCCGAGUGCAGGCAGGUGGUCCAGAUACCCUGGCAGGAGGAUAUGAGAGCACUGUAUGCCGUCGCCUAUCCAGGAGGCCCCAAUGACGACUCUCUACCCGGCUCUUCAGCUGCUGCCACAUCUGAAGACACGGAAAGCAUUCUCGAGGAUGUUAGCGCAGCUAGUGGAUCCAUCAUCACAGGAGGUGGCGGUCGCCGUCGCAGGGAAGCCAGAGGAUCGCGCGAGAGAAACAAGCACGCAAAUAGAGUCGAGGGCUGCAUCGUCGUAGCUGCAAGCGACGAGACGGUCAGAUUCCACGAAGUCUGGAGCGAAACCAGGCGUGGGGUUCUCGGGUGGAGGGGCGUCCUCGGGGGAAGUGACAUCCUGGAAGGUCUUGAAGGAAUCGAAAAGGAUGGCGCAGAGACCAUCAGGUGAAGUUUUUCGUUUUUUUUUUGCUUUUCCUGUCCCGCUCUUCGUUUUCUGCAACCGAAGCCUUGGGAUUAUCAUUCGCAUGCAGAUUCUGGUUGCUUUCCCAUCCCGGUUCUGGCUUUUAUCCAUCCAAUCGCGAUGAAUCUGGUGGAUCACUGUACUGUCUCUACUGUUUCUUUUUCUUUUUCUCUCUUUUUUACUUCUUUUUUUUCUCUCUUCCUGUGCUUUGCUUGACCGACCGACUUUACUUGGCUGGACUUUCUCGCUGCUGGAGUUAUUGGCUAAUGCUUCCUCCCCUCCCCCCCUUUUUUCUUUUUCUCCAACCUACAUUGCUGCACCUUUUCACUCCCCUCCUCAUUUCUUUGUCAAAGACAUUGGCGGAGAUGGGAUGACGAUGAAGAAAAGAUGAUGAUAGGAUCCAUUAUAUAGACGGAUGGAUCGAUGGACGCAUAGACAUGCUGAAACGGAACAAACAAACAAGCAAGCAAGCAAGGAGUCCUGCCUACCUAAUGCUCGAGUAUAGUACACCAUAGUACUAGGCAAAAAACAAAAAAGGGGGAACGGGGAUUCCGAUCUGCACGUACAGUACAUAGAUAUCAGCUUCAAUGGAUACCAUAGCCUAGCUUGGUUUAAUAAUGCGGUAGCAACAACUACCGUACUACUAUGGCACAAGGACGCUCGCUGAAAUGACCCACUAUAUCUGGUGCAUAAUUGAAUUGACAUAACACGGGUCAUAUGAUAAGUUUGUCUAUCACGUUAUGAUAUCCAUAAGAAUAAC